AGAAACAGGGGUUAUGGCGGCUGGAGACUCAACCGGCAUCUCCCUAGAACACACUCCGACAUGGGCGGUUGCCGUCGUUUGCCUCUUCUUCAUCUCCAUCUCCAUUAUCCUAGAGCACUUCAUCCAUCUCCUCUCCAAAUGGCUAAAGAGAAAUCGGAAAACAGCGUUGAACGGUGCAUUGGAGAAGCUUAAAUCAGAGUUGAUGCUUCUGGGGUUUAUGUCGCUGAUAUUGGCGGUAACUCAAGAACGCAUUUCGAAAAUCUGCAUAUCUGCAAAAGCUGCGUACACCAUGCUUCCAUGCCGGAAACAGGAGACUUCCCAUGCCAUCCAAUCAAUUAUCCGGAGUUUGAAAUCGAUUGACACUCUUUUGUGGGAACCUCGUCGGCGGCUGGACGACGAUGUAGAGGGUACUACGACAGCAGAGGGUGCAGGUGCAGAUUCUUGUGCUGCAGAGGGAAAGGUUGGGUUAGUGUCGCAAGAUGGGAUCCAUCAGCUUCACAUAUUCAUUUUCGCGCUUGCUGUUAUGCAAAUCGUGUAUUAUGUUCUCACUGUGGCUUUGGGCAGAGCCAAGAUGAGACGUUGGGAAGCUUGGGAGAAAGAAACUCAAACAACCGAGUACCAAGUUGCAAAUGAUCCUAAUCGAUUCAGAUUUACGAGGCAAACAACAUUUGGAAGACGACACUUGAGUUCCUUUACAGAAACAACGUUUCAUCUGUGGAUUAAAUGUUUCUUCAGACAGUUCUUUCAUUCUGUAGCAAAAGUUGAUUAUCUCACUCUGAGACAUGGCUUUAUCUCGGCUCACAUGUCAGCAAAUAACGUAAACUUCAAUUUCCAAAAAUACAUACAGCGAUCUUUGGAGGAAGAUUUCAAGGCCGUGGUUGGCAUCAGCCCUAUAAUGUGGUUUCUGGUCGUUAUCCUCUUGCUGCUGGAUGUGUACGGUUGGCAUAUAUUUCUCUGGGUAUCCUACAUUCCUCUCCUGGUAGUUCUGGUUCUAGGAGCGAAACUUGAAGUGAUUGUGGCAAGAAUGGCUCUUCAAAUCAAAGAUGAGAGCAAUGUAAUCAGAGGAACUCCUCUUGUUACACCAAGCGAUAGUCUCUUCUGGUUCCGGCACCCAGGAUUUGUCUUAACUCUUCUGCAUUAUACUCUAUUUGUGAAUGCAUUCGAGCUGGCCUUCUUUUUCUGGGUCACUGUACAGUUUGGUUUCAAUUCUUGUUACCACGAGAACACUUGGACUAUUGUCACCAGGAUUGUGCUAGCGGUGGUAGUUCAAGUACUCUGCAGCUACAUCACCCUUCCUCUCUAUGCACUUGUAACACAGAUGGGAUCAAAUUUGAAGGGUAAGGUAUUGGACGACCAAAUGGCGAAUAUUAUAAAGCAAUGGCACUCCGACGUAAGGGAGAGAAGGAAGAAGCAAGAACAGUUUUUCCUAUCUCCUCGCACUUCUUUGUCUGCGGAAUGGAGCCCCAGGAGGAGUAGCGCCAAUGAAGUUUCUUCUUUCCUAAGACGCACAUCUCUGCUAAGCGAUAGCACACACAACAACGAAAUCGUGGAAGAAGAAGAAGAAGAAAAAGUAGUGAAAGAAGACGCAGCUGGCUCGUCUAUACAUCCGUUCCGGGCCGCCAUGCUAGAACUGCCGACAGUACGAAGACAGUAGAGAUGAACAAUUUCACGGUUAGAAUUUAAUGUUGUUGUAUCAAACGGUAAAAAUGAUACUAUAUGAUAAAUAUGUUGACACGCCAUUCAAAAUCUUUAAAUGAUUUAGUAUCAUUUUCACCGUUAGAUGCAAUAACAUCGACCAUAAAAUAGUUGAGGGAAUUGUAAAUUGGAAUAUGCAUACAUCUGGGUAUGUCACAUUCUAUAGUUUCCAAAUAAUUAUUCUGUAAUUUACAUUGAUUAUAUGAAAAUGAUUUGUAAAGGAGCUGGACGACAAGAAGGAAUUAUUCUAAA